CAGGAAUGGGCACUCCACUCCUCUUCCUUUCUAUCCUCUCCUUGCAGCCUGUUGACAUUCCACAGUCACUCUUAAGCAGGGGAGAGAAGAAAACAAAGAUUAGCUCCCUCUGGCCCAGCAAUAUCAAGCAAUGUCUACGUCUGUUGCUCCUUCAUACGACGCUAUAAUAGAGGAGUCGGAUGAAAGUAAUCCAUCCAGCACUUUACCAAGAGAUGGUCGUGAAAAUGGAAACACACCUGCUGCAAGUUUUGCAAAUGCCCAGGACAAAGAGCCAAGAGGCUCUGAGCCAAAGAACGAAGAGCAGCCACUUACAGUUAUAGUUGGCGAUGGCUCUGGUUCUGGUCACGAUGACCUUAACCAUAAGAAAGUCUCACCUUGGAAUUUAUUUCGUUUUGCUUCACGUUUAGAUCUCCUCUACAUUAUAGUCGGUCUUAUAAUGGCCAUACUUGCUGGCUCAUCCCUCCCAUUCACAUUCCUAGUCCUUGGUUCCGUCAUCAACGAAUUCAACGGAUACACCAUCAUCUCUCCUCCUGAGCCCAUCCCGCCAAACACAACAUACUUCUGUAAUUUAGCAGACCUCUAUCCGGACUAUGUAAAUUCAAAUGACCCAGCCCAGCUGCUAAGGAGCAGGGUCACUACUUUAGCUUAUUAUGGGAUUGCAAUUGGUGCUGGACUAUUUGCUGCUUCUCUCCUUUCCAAUAUACUGUGGAGUAUUGCCGCCCUAAAUCAGACUAGGAGGCUAAGGACUGCUUUUCUCAGUGCUGUUUUGAAUCAAGAGGUUGGACAUUAUGACCUCCAUCCUCCUUCAGAGCUUCCCUCAAGAUUAGCAGAUGAUGUUAAUAAGUUUGAGGAUGGUAUUGGUCAGAAUUUCGGCAGUUUCAUACAAGAAGCCACUGCCCUCAUAUUUGGCUUCGUCAUAGCUCUUGCCCUCAACUACAGACUAGCCCUCGCCAUCUCAAUAUUCCUACCACUUCUCGUGAUUGUCACCUUUGCAGUUGGAAAGGUGUCCAUAUACGUCUCCAGUAAAGAACAAACUGCUUUAGCUCAGGCUGGUAGUGUAGCUGAAGAAGUCCUGACAGCCAUUAGGACAGUGAUGGCAUUUGGGGGAGAGAAGAAAGAAACAGAGAGGUACACUUCACUGCUAAAGAAAGCUAAAGUAGAAUCUUACAAGAAGCAGAUGACUGUUGCUUUUAUAUCUGGCUUCUAUGGCAUGAUCUUCUUUGCAUUCUAUGCUUUAGGAAUCUGGUAUGGGGUAGAGAUACUGGUUGAUUGUGACAUUACUGGAGGAACUAUUGUUACUGUUAUCCUCGAGAUUGCUGGCAUUAGUUUUAACAUUAGCAAUGCUCUUCCUUUGUUUAUAUCAGUGAUGGACGCAGUGGCAGCUGCUAAGGGACUGUAUCCCACCAUUGAUCAAUUACCGAAUCAAGCCAAAUCAAAAGGUGAAUUCUGUCUAAAAAAUGUCCAAGGCAACGUAAAGAUGACCAACGUUACGUUCAGUUACCCUUCAAGGCCUGGGGUCUCAAUUCUUAACGGAAUUGACCUUCACAUAAAAGCUGGUCAAACCAUAGGGCUGGUUGGUCCUAGUGGGUGUGGCAAGAGCACUCUACUGCACGUGAUGCAGAGACUCUACAUGCAUACUGGGGGAAAGGUCACUAUUGAUGACGUUGAUAUAAAGGACUUGAGUAUUGGCUGGUUAAGGAGACAGGUGGGUGUGGUUUCACAGGAGCCACUCCUCUUCAACGUGUCAAUAGGUGAAAACAUCAGCUACGGGAAAGCUGGAGCCACGCCCAUGCAAAUCGAAGAAGCAGCAAGAGCUGCAAAUGCAUACGAAUUCAUCAGCAACUUACCAGAAGGUUUCAACACUUUAGUCGGCGAUGGAGGAGCUCAAUUGAGUGGUGGAGAAAAACAGCGAGUAGCCAUAGCUCGGGCUUUAAUUAGAAACCCUAAAAUACUCCUCCUUGAUGAAGCAACGUCAGCUCUUGACUCUGAGAAUGAGAAGGAGGUGCAAGCUGCUCUUGACCGAGCUAGGAUUGGUCGUACUACAGUAAUCAUUGCUCACCGAUUAUCCACAAUACAGUCGGCUGAUGUCAUAGUGGCUAUGGAGAAAGGAAAGAUUGUUGAAAUGGGGUCUCACUCUCGCCUUAUGGAGAGAAAAGGUCUUUAUUAUAAACUGGUACAGAAACAAACUCUUGGAAAGAAAGCUAACGAAACAGAAUUCGCCAACUUUUACCGUCAGUCUGUGAAGAAGAGAGUUUCCUUCAAUCGACAGCAGAUCCCGUCGACAGGGGGCGGGGUAGGAGGAGGAGGGGCAGGAGUAACACUACACGCACAUGUACCGCAAACAUUCUCAACUCUCUCUCAAGCCCCUCCCACUACUAUUAGAAGAUCUCGUGCUCCUUCGGCGAAACAGAUGGCCCAACAAGGAAGAACCUUUACCAGAAAACCAACGGAUUAUGCUUUGAUGCGGGUUAUGAGUGAUAUGAGUAUCCCACCGCCUACUCCAAAGACUCCGAAAUUCUCACCUCAUAAUAUCUUUGAACUUGAUCGGGAAGAGGCUAUUGCUGCCGAGAGAGAAGCAGCUGAAAAAGAGAACGUCAUUACAAAAGCUCCAUGGAGAAAGAUGCUCCAACUAAGUAAACCGGAUUGGUGGCUUUUGUUAACCGGACUGGCUGGUUUCGCUCUCUUUGGUGUCCUCUUGUCAGCUCUUUAUGUUCUCUUCAGUGAAGCAGUAGAGAUAUUCAGUAACAUAGAUAGAGAUGAGGUCAUUAAACAAGCUCGACUAUAUUCAAUCCUUUAUGCUGUGGUUGGGUUUGUUGGACUUAUCAUUAACUUUGUAGCUACCUAUUCACUGUGUAUUGCUGCUGAUAGACUCACCACUAGAUUAAGGCAGAAGUCAUUUGAGACGAUUAUGAAGCAAGACAUGUCCUUCUUUGAUGAACCACAGAACUCAGUGAGUAUAUUAACAGGACGACUAGCGAUUGACACCACUGAAGUUAAUCAAGCCACUGGUUUUUCAUUAGGUAUUACUGUCCGUGGUAUUAUCAAUCUUAUAACUAAUUACAUCAUCAUAUUUACCUUUUCAUGGCCUAUGGGGCUAGCGUCAUUAACAACGUUAGUAAUAUUUAUUUUAGUCGGAUUUCUACAGCUGACGCUCACUAACCUGUUUGUGUUGAAGAGUCUGGAGCAUCAGGGGAGGAGUCUGAAGACUGCCAUUGAAGCUAUUGAUAAUGUUUAUACAAUAAUAUCACUUGGUAUUGAGAAGAGAUUGUUACAGAAGUACAAGGACCAGCUUAAACCAGCAUAUCAUUAUGAUAUUCAAGGUGCCAUUAUCCAGUCUUUAUUAUUUUCCCUGGCUCAAUCUUGUGCUACUUUUGUACUCUCAGGAGGAAUGAUCAUUGGAGCUUAUGCUUACACUUCUCCUGACACUGUCUAUUAUGCUGACAUUAGUGACAUAUUUAAAGCUAUUGGUGCAAUGCUAUAUGCUGGCUGGUUGUUUAAGGAGCUCAUUCGCUCCCUGCCUGAUACCCAGUCAGCACAAAUAGCAGCUUCAAGAAUACUAGCACUGCUGGAGGAAAAACCCUCCAUUAACAUGCCUAAUCAAGGAGUGGAUAUCGCCACAAAAUUUCAAGAAGAUUAUGCUAAGCUUGCAUUAGACGACAUUCAUUUCUCUUACUCGUCUCGUCCUGGUGUGGUGGUACUACCAGGCCUGAGUCUCACCGUUAAACCAGGAAAGACUCUCGGCAUAGUAGGACCAAGCGGAUCAGGAAAGAGCACCAUACUGUCACUUGCCGAGAGAUUCUAUGAUCCUGAUCCUGAUUCGGGAACAAUAGAAUUCAACAAUAUCAAUAUCAAUAUUUUUGAGAUCUCAUCUCUCCGGAGACAGAUGAGUCUAGUACCUCAGGACCCAGUUUUAUUUGACAUGUCUAUUUCUGAUAACAUUCGUUAUGGGGCUUUAUUUAGAAAUGACAUUACUGAAGAGGAAGUCAUAGAAGUGGCUAAAGUUGCUAAUAUUCACGAGUUCAUUAUGUCACUGCCUCAUGGUUACCAGACUAUGGUUGGUAGUAGAGGCACUCAACUAAGUGGCGGAGAGAAGCAGCGAGUAGCCAUUGCCCGUGCUUUAAUUAGAGACCCUAAAAUCCUCCUCCUAGACGAAGCAACGUCAGCUCUUGACUCUGAAAAUGAGAAAGUGGUUCAAGAAGCUCUUGAUAAAGCAAGACGAGGUCGUACUACCAUUAUCAUAGCUCACCGACUGUCUACGAUAUAUGAAGCUGAUUCUAUUGCUGUCCUUCAUGAGGGAAGUGUUGUGGAGCAGGGAACUCACGAGGAGUUGAUGAGAUUGCAAGGACACUACUACCUAAUGAACAGUGUCUCACAGCAGCAGAAGGAGGAGGAGGAGGAAGAUGACAUUUUUGUUUGAUUUAUUAUAAUUUUUAAUUGGUUUUCACUCACUAUAUAAUUAUUAAAUCUAGUUAUUGAUUUUUAUGAUGGAAUCAUUAUACGUUUAUUACAGUUUUUUAAUAUUUAAUUUUACUGAUAUCAAUUUACUAUGAAACUAUGAAUGAACAAACUGAA